AUGGAUCUCGUAUCUAGCAUCCGCAAGUCGGGUUCCCGCGGCGGCGUCAACUUCAGCUGGGACGAGGUCGCAGGUUCUGCCCAUCGCGAGAACUACCUCGGCCACAGUCUGAAGGCCCCCGUCGGCCGCUGGCAGCAGGGCCGGGACCUCACCUGGUACGCAAAGAAUAGCGGCGCCGACGCCGGUCCCUCGGACGAGACCGAAGAGGAGCGUGAGGCCAGGGAACGUCGCGAGGAGAUAAAAAGAGUCAAGGAAGCCGAGGAGGAUGCUCUGGCGCGUGCGCUGGGCCUCCCCCCGCCCGUGCGGAACUCGUCCGGGGCCAACGCCGUGGAGGUGACCAAGUCACGCAUCGGUCCACAGCCGGAGGACAAGGAGGAGGGAGACAAGCCACAAGACGACAAGACGUCCUCAAGGAAACACAGACGGCAUGACGACCCUGAGAGGCGGCAUCGGCGGAGACACAGAAGCCGCAGCCGGAGCCGCGACAGGCGGCGCGACAGGUCGCCCAGGAGGAGGGACGAGCGUGAGCCACAUCGGUCAAGGAACGAGCAUCCCGGAAGAGAGCGAGGGCCGAGGCGAGGAAAAAGCCGCGAGCGCCAGGGCGACCGGCCACCACGGCGUCAUGACGAUGGCCGCCGCAGCCACCACGACGACAGACACCAUCACCGUGAUGGCCGGAGGAUGAGUUUCAGCCGGGACGACGAGGAGAAGAGGGCACACCGAAGUCAUCCCCGGAACAGGAGCCAAAGCCCUCGCGGUGAAGCGCCACGCAGGGAAGAGCAGCCGAGACCGCGGUCUAGGGAUAGGAGAAGAAGUCAGAGUCCUGGCCAAAGGAGGUGA